GUAGAUAAAUGCCAACUUUCCACAAUGUAAACGCCACACAGGCACACACGGUUGUUUCUUGAUGUGUUGUUCUCAUUUAUCUUCACCAAAGUCAACAGUCAAACUCCAAAAGUCUUUUCUCGGUCAACUCUCUUCCGCAUCCUUUUAAAUUCCCCGAACACAAAAAAUCCAGAUGAGCACUACCCGAGAAACUCUCCGACAACAAAGAAUUAAAAAUGGAAACUUCCCGUUUUACCCUUCCCUUUCUUCUCGUCGCCCUCUCCUUCCUCCUCUCCCUCUCCGCCCAAAUGACCGGAAACUUUAAAUGCGGCGAAGCCGGUGACGACUCAAACACCACGUGUCGCUCUCUAGUCGGUUACGCAAGCAAGAACGCCACAACGUUAGGCAAUAUCCAGACCCUCUUCACCGUCAAGAAGCUCCGUUCGAUCCUCGAAGCUAACAACUACAAUCUCUCGACCACACGCGGCCAGCGCGUGAACCCGAACCAGGUCGUACGCGUCCCAAUCCCUUGUUCUUGCUCCAACGGAACCGGCGUCUCGAACCGGGUUCCGGUUUACACCGUCAAGGAAGGGGACACGCUUUACUUAAUCGCAUCUGAGAUUUUCGGAGCGUUGGUUCUGUACCCGAAGAUCAGUCAGGUGAACUCAAUCCCCGACCCUAACGAUAUCAAGACCGGUCAAAAGUUGUGGAUCCCUUUGCCUUGUAGCUGUGAUGACUUGAACGAUCAAGAUGUUGUCCACUACGCACACGUGGUCAAAUCCGGAAGCUCCCUCGGUGAGAUCGCAGCUCAGUUUGGAACGGACAACACGACGCUGGCUCGGCUCAAUGACAUCUCCGGCGAUGCUCAGCUCACCGCUGAUAACCCUCUCGACGUCCCUCUCAGAGCUUGUAACUCUUCUUUGAGGGACGACUCUUUGGACGAUGAUAUGCUUCUGCCUAACAGCUCGUACGCCAUCACUGCAAACAAUUGCAUCAAGUGCUCUUGUCUCGCUUCAAACAAUUGGACUUUAAGCUGUGAAGCCUCUCAGCUUAAGCCUUCGAAAUGGCAAACUUGCCCGUCUUCACAAUGCGCAGGAGCAGAGAGUUUGUCUCUUGGCAACACUACUAAUACCUCAUGUGGACCUCGUUCUUGUGCGUAUGCUGGUUACUCUAACCAGACCAUCUUCACAACCCUUUCUCCAGAUCCCUGUUCAGAUUCUGGAGGUUCUGGACCUCCUGGUAACUAUGCUUCAACGUUAAGCUCAAGCUUCAGUUUAAUGGUGGUGUUGAUUCAGUGUGCUCUGCUCUGUCUAUGUCUUCUCUAGUAAUGUAAUGGUGUUGUUGUUAUGAGUGUGUGUGUGGUUGUGAAUCUAAGUACAGUUCGGAUUGAAAUAAGAACAUCCUUCCACUUGAAGCAAGGCUUUUUGUGUUUAUCUAUUUAUUGUAUUUGAUAAUAUUUCAACUUUUUACAAAAGAUUUGGUACCAAAACCAGAAAAUACUAUUUUUUGUUUUUGAAAAUAUUAGCUUUCGACCGG